AUGACAUUUCAAUUGAGUCGUUAUUACGACGGAUUUGUAAAUGAUAGUUCUUCCGACGACGGAGGAGAUACGAGUUCAGAAGAUGAGAUUGAUAUAAUUCUUCAUGGCACACCUGAACAACGCAGAAAGCUUCAGCUUCAUCAUAGAAAACGGAGUCAAGAGCAGAGGCAGGACCCUCAGACAGGAAGUCACAAUGCUAAUUCUUCCAGUGAAGAUGAGUUUGAAAAAGAAAUGAACGCUGAGCUUAGUCAGCAAGUCAAAGUUCUGGAAGAUUCUAGAGGAAAACGACAGCUAGAAGCAAAUGGAGUACCAUCAGUGUCAGCAACAGAGACAGCACUGGCUGUGAAGACAAAUCAGCCGCCAGAUGAUGCUUCAAAGGAUGAGUUUUAUGAUGAAAUUUACUUUGAUUCAGAUGAAGAAGACGAUGCAACAAAUGCCAGAUCUUCUGGGAAGCCAAAACGUGCUGUGAUAUCUAAUGAUGACCUGCUGUACGACCCUGACAUGGAUGACGAGGAUCAGAAGUGGGUGGAUAAACAGAGGCUGAGCCAUCGUGCUCCUUCAGCUGGAGGAGCUAGGAAUAAGAAGUCCAAAAAGCCGAACAGUGAUGCACUGCUAGAUUGCCCUGCAUGUAUGACUACACUGUGUAUAGAUUGCCAGAGACAUGAAGUUUACAAGCAUCAAUACAGGGCCAUGUUUGUUAUGAACUGUACUGUUGAUAAGUCAGAAGUUCUUCAGUACCCAGAGGAAGCUACAAAGAAGAAGAAGAAAAACAAGAAGAAAGUCCCACAGGAAGCUAAAGCACCCAGCAGUGAUAACCCACCACCGUCAGACAUGUUUAACCCAGUCAGAUGUUCGGAGUGUAACACAGUAGUGGGUGUAAUUGACCAGGAAGGUGUCUACCAUUUCUUCAACAUACUGGCAAGUUAUACGUAA